AUGUAUGUAAGCUAUAAAAAGAAUGAUGGUACACAAGUUAAAGUUCCAUUAGACAACAACUGCUACUUAAACUUAUAUGGAGACGAACAAAAGAAAUAUUUAAGAGUUUAUGAAAUGGCAGAUAUGACAUUGCCUGACCCAGCUCCAGCACCACAUUAUUAUGACUAUGGAGAUGACGACAGAACACCACAUGUAGAUGAACAAAAGCUAACAUUAUAUUUAGAUUAUUAUAGAUAUAAAAGAUAUAAUGCAAUAGAAAAAACGAGAAUAGUAUAUUAUUAUACAGAUGACAGAAAUAAAUAUUAUAGUCAAGACUUUACCUACCCUGAAAACAUAAGAUUAUAUUAUAAAAAAUAUUCUGACACAAACCAGAAGAAACCUGAAAUAGUUGCACUAUAUUUUAAGUUCAAAAGAGACAAUCCUAUAAUAUCUCAUAUGUUUGAUUUAAUGAACCCAGUAGGUUCUAUUUAUACAUCUAUGGAUGCAAGAGGUCCUCAAGUAAUGUUUGGUGUUGGUGCAUGGGAACAAAUAGUCGACAGGUUUUUGUAUUGUGCAAACUCUUCAAAGGAAACAGGUGGAAGUAAAACGAUUUCAGGUGAAAAUUUACCUGCACACAGUCAUUACAUAGAUUAA